AUUUCCCGGAGCUAGCGAGUUGUGUUGUGAUAUCUCAACCCUUCCUUUAAAUCCUCCCAUCCUAUCCUGCAUUCCCUACUCUCUCAUAUAAAUAUAAAUAUUUUUAUAUUUAUAUUUUUCUCUCCGAUUCAGUCUUCUUAUAACUUGUACUUACAACACCUUUCUGUCUGUCUAAAAAUUUAAAUUUAUUUAUCAACAACAAAAAACAAUUACAAUCCCCAAUUCACCAAAUCAACAAACCCUAAUUUCCCAUUCACAAGAAGAACACCCAAUUCAAUUCCGGCACUAUGUCCCUCUGAGUUUCCCUUUCGUACCUCUAUUCUCCAAUAGGUAGCAGCCGAGAUUGAUAUUGAAAUUGAAACACAGACAGAGAGCAUAAUGGAGGGCAAUCCGCACCCAGUACCUCGAACAGUGGAGGAAGUCUUCAGCGACUUCAGAGGCAGACGCGCCGGCUUGAUUAAGGCCCUCACCAGUGACGUUCAGAAAUUUUAUCAAGAGUGCGAUCCUGAGAAGGAGAAUCUGUGUCUGUAUGGACUGCCAAAUGAGGCAUGGGAAGUUAACCUGCCUGUUGAGGAGGUGCCUCCUGAGCUUCCCGAGCCAGCAUUAGGCAUAAACUUUGCUAGGGAUGGGAUGCAGGAGAAGGACUGGCUAUCGCUGGUUGCAGUUCAUAGCGAUUCAUGGUUGCUUGCAGUUGCAUUUUACUUUGGUGCACGAUUUGGGUUUGGUAAGAAUGAAAGGAAAAGGCUUUUUCAGAUGAUAAACGAUCUCCCCACCAUAUUUGAAGUUGUGACAGGAAAUGCUAAGCAACCAAAAGACCAGUCUGCUCCUCACAACAACAGUAGCAAGAACAAAUCUAGUGGAAAGGUGUCUCGGCAGUCUGAGCUCCCCCAAAGCAAAGGAGUAAAGAUGUCUCCGCUGCCCAAAGAAGAGGAGGAAAGCGGAGAAGAAGAAGAAGAAGAUGAUGAACAAGGUGCGACUUGCGGGGCAUGUGGAGACAACUAUGGCGCUGAUGAGUUCUGGAUUUGCUGUGAUGUGUGUGAGAGAUGGUUCCAUGGAAAAUGUGUAAAGAUUACACCCGCAAAGGCUGAGCAUAUCAAGCAGUACAAGUGCCCAGGUUGCAGUAGCAAAAGGGCUAGAGUUUAAAUCUAGUCUGAAUUUGCAGAACAAAACCAUUCAAAGAAAGCAGAUGAGGGUUUACAACUAUCAUUACAAUUUGGAGUAAAACAGAGUCAGUUGUCUAUCUUAGUUAAUGAAUUUGAAUGAUUGCAAAUGGGAUUCUAAGUUUUGCUACUCUUUGUUCUUGUUCUGUCUAAUUUUCUCAGGAAUUUGUUUCUAAUAUGAAUAGUCAGUUAUAAAUAUGCCUUUGUAGUUCCCUGGUUUGAUUCUGAAUCAUUUAUUCAUGUGUUUAUGCAUUGUUACUUACUGUU